AUGCCUUUCGCGCAGACCCCGACGACGACAGCAACAAAGAUGACAACGGGCUGGGCUUCCAGCUGCCCACUCACAGAAACCGUCCCGCCCCGCGCCACAGAACAGGCCUCAAAUGCCUGCUACGCCGAUCUCACCUCCGACCCCACCACACCCAGCACCCAGCCGCACAGCAUGGCCUUGGCCCAACAGACCGUCCCAGCGACUGGCCGCGCCGGACCCCUCUACCAGCCUGCAGUCAGAGACUUCUUGGACGGGAGACGUUGUCUUGGGGAAUGGGGGACCUUGCUGGUGUAUUUCCUGGUCCCACGGGUCCCAGAGGUAUCCUACAACAACGAGAAGACGUUUGAGGGAGACAGCACAACCAGGUUGAGUUUUGAGGCCCUCGAGCCAGCCUGGUUUGCCUUCUCAGCCCGGAUCAACCUCGCCAUGGCCACUAAGACUUCUUCCUUCUGUCCACACACUAACACCAUUAAUGUGGUCGUCAAGGACCUUUUGUCCGCAGGAAGCCCCAUCAAGUGUCCAAACGGUACCUUGGUUUGUUGGAAGAUGAUCACCACCUCAGAAACCCGCUCUUUUUUAUUCCUCAACCCGUCACCCGGUCUCUUCAACAUGCCUCCUCACUCCGCUGCCCACAUCGUCCCACCUCAGCAUCAAUAUGGUCUCAAUCGGCCCAUCCUGAAUCCUUGUGGAUCUAUCCCCAGCCCAAGUCAACACUCUUUGCUUCUUCGAUCUGGUCACAGCGCUCCAAUUAUUGACAAUCUUGAAGAUGCUGCCAGCCAAAAUCCUCAGCCCAACUCACCUGCUGGUAUCCCUCAAGUUCAGCCACCCGCUUCCACCUCUCUUACCGAACGCCCAACCAAAAAAAGGAAACGUACCACCAAUGACGAUGAUUCUGCUUCACCCCAAUCAAUCAAAGUCCUCCUUCAGAAGUCCUACAACGAACUCCGCCUCGCCCUCAAGGGACCGAACUGCUGGAAUCUUUUUCUCAAGACCCCUGAAGCUCGAGCAAUAUUCAAAGAAGUUGGUGGCGUCGAUGACGAUUCGGCGAUGAAGAAAGUCUCUGAGUUGUGGAAGAAGCUUACCCCGGAGGAGAAAAAAGCUUCCGCAAAACACCUUGACGAUGGAUUGACUGAUGAAGAACGUGCCCUUGAUGAAGACGAGUCGGGUGAGUUGAUCCUUCCUGAAGAGCCUUUUUCCUUGGCCCCUUCAGGACAGGUAGGUGGUGGUGUUACUUCUGUUCGCAGUGAGGUCUCCCUCAAGAAUGACUACCAUUGUGUUCAGAAAUGUGUUAAUGAAUUUAUUGAAAAGGCCACUUCAGUCGCAGCAACCCACAACGCGCAGUUUGUGGUCUUUGCGGUGUCCACCCACCUUGGCGCAAGCAGCUAUCAAAUCUCGCAAAGCACACCUGGCGCCAACGUUUUCCUCAAUUACGCCAAAGAUGUCAAUGCUGAAAAGCAUUAUGCUGCUUGA